CCUAAUUUUUUUUUCUAACCUAACUUUGUAGUUGUUUUGAAACAGUCUGUCAACAUUAACAUCAUGUUCGGUCCUUUGUCAUUUGAAGACACAAAACGAAGAAACCAACAAGAAAAUCAAUUAACGAAAUGCUUUUUAUGUUCUAAGGAAUAUAAUUUACAGACCGACAUGGUUUUGUUCUGCAAACAUUUAUUUGAGGAACACAGUUUGAUUAUUGAGGACGUGCAAAACAUACCAAACCUACCAGAAUACAUAAACUACUGGAAUGAUAAGUUCAAAACAACAAACAUGGAACAAAUAAUUCCAAGUGUACAAAUAAAAGACUCUGAACCUAAAUACUAUUUACUUUCUACACUGCUAAAAGAGGACAAAGAACUGAGACACAAAUUAAAGUUGAAUGAAGCGAUAAAAGUGCAAGAAUUCGAACGCACUGACAAAUCUUACACAAGGCAAUGUUUGUUUUGCAAACUAAUUAUAGAAGGCACAAGGCCUGAGUUUCUCCAACAUUUAUCAGAAAAACAUAACUUGCAGCUUGGCAAUCCGCAAAACCUAGUCUACAUUGAGGAACUGAUUGAGAAAAUUGCUGGGAAAAUAACUGAACUGCAGUGUAUUUAUUGUGAAAAAACGUUUCCAGAAUGGAACACAUUAAAGGAGCACAUGAGGAAGAAAUUGCACAAAAGGAUUAAUCCUGCAGACAAAACUUAUGACAGGUUCUAUAUUGUUAACUAUUUGGAGGUGGAUAAGACUUGGGAAGAUGUGCAGAAUGAGGAUGACAGGUAUGCUUUGCCACAUGGACAGCAAAACACUGAUGAAGAGUACUCUGAUUGGAAGGAAAUGCAGGAUGAAAUUAACUGUCUGUUUUGUGAUAAAAAGGAGGACAAUAUUAACACAUUGUGUUUGCACAUGGAGGCUGAUCAUGACUUUGAUUUUGUUGAAAAUACCAAACAAUUAGAUUUCUACCAGAAGAUCAAACUUGUUAAUUAUAUUCGAAGACAGGCCCACAACAAGAAAUGCUUGUAUUGUGAUAAGAGUUUUGAGAACUUAAUUGGACAUUUAACUACAGAAGGACAUUGUAAAUUGCCCAAACUAAACACCUUUGAUCAACCUGAGUACUAUUUUCCUACUUAUGAAGACGAUGCGUUUUUGUACUUUAUUGAUGAUGUGGAAGAAAAUGAUUAAUAUUUUGUUAAUUAAUAUAUUGUAUAUUGUUUAUUUAUUUAAAAACUAUAAAAAUUUAUUGAAGAAAUAAAACAUACAAUAAGA